AUGGCCACCCUUCUCCGCAGCAAGCUGUCCAACGUGGCCACAACCGUGUCCAACAAGUCCCAGGCCAAGGUGAGCGGCAUGUUCGCCAGGAUGGGUUUUCAGGCGGCCACCGACGAGGAAGCGGUGGGUUUUGCUCACUGCGACGACCUCGACUUUGAGCACCGUCAGGGCCUGCAGAUGGACAUCCUGAAAACAGAGGGUGAGCCCUGCGGGGACGAGGGCGCCGAACCGCCCGUCGAGGGAGACAUCCAUUACCAGCGCGGCGGUGGCGCGCCCCUGCCGCCCUCGGGCUCCAAGGACCAGAAUGUGGGGGCUGGUGGCGAAUUCGGGGGCCACGACAAACCCAAGAUCACCGCGUGGGAGGCGGGCUGGAACGUGACCAACGCUAUCCAGGGCAUGUUCGUGCUGGGCCUGCCCUACGCCAUCCUGCACGGCGGCUACCUGGGGUUGUUCCUCAUCAUCUUCGCCGCCGUGGUGUGCUGCUACACCGGCAAGAUCCUCAUCGCCUGCCUGUACGAGGAGAACGAGGACGGCGAGGUGGUGCGGGUGCGGGACUCGUAUGUAGCCAUAGCCAACGCGUGCUGCGCCCCGCGCUUCCCCACGCUGGGAGGCCGCGUGGUGAACGUAGCGCAGAUCAUCGAGCUGGUGAUGACUUGCAUCCUGUACGUGGUGGUCAGCGGCAACCUCAUGUACAACAGCUUCCCAGGGCUGCCCGUGUCGCAGAAGUCCUGGUCCAUUAUCGCCACCGCCGUGCUGCUGCCCUGCGCCUUCCUUAAGAACCUCAAGGCGGUGUCCAAGUUCAGCCUGCUGUGCACUUUGGCUCACUUCGUCAUCAACAUCCUGGUCAUCGCCUACUGCCUCUCGCGGGCGCGCGACUGGGCCUGGGAGAAGGUCAAGUUCUAUAUCGACGUCAAGAAGUUUCCCAUCUCCAUUGGCAUCAUCGUGUUCAGCUACACGUCCCAGAUCUUCUUGCCUUCGCUGGAGGGCAACAUGCAGCAGCCCAGCGAGUUCCACUGCAUGAUGAACUGGACGCACAUCGCCGCCUGCGUGCUCAAAGGCCUCUUCGCGCUGGUCGCCUACCUCACCUGGGCCGACGAGACCAAGGAGGUCAUCACGGACAACCUGCCUGGUUCCAUCCGUGCCGUGGUAAACAUCUUCCUGGUGGCCAAAGCGCUGCUGUCCUACCCGCUGCCCUUCUUCGCUGCUGUCGAGGUGCUGGAGAAGUCGCUCUUCCAGGAAGGCAGCCGCGCGUUCUUCCCCGGCUGCUACGGCGGCGACGGGCGCCUCAAAUCGUGGGGGCUGACGCUGCGCUGUGCGCUCGUGGUCUUCACGCUGCUCAUGGCCAUCUACGUGCCGCACUUCGCGCUGCUCAUGGGCCUCACCGGCAGUCUCACGGGCGCCGGCCUCUGCUUCCUGCUGCCCAGCCUCUUCCACCUGCGCCUGCUCUGGCGCAAGCUGCUGUGGCACCAAGUCUUCUUCGAUGUCGCCAUCUUCGUCAUCGGCGGCAUCUGCAGUGUGUCCGGCUUCGUGCACUCGCUGGAGGGCCUCAUCGAGGCCUACCGAACCAACGCGGAGGACUAG